ACCACAGUCGCUUCAGAUCAAUCUCGUCACCAAAAAACGAAACCGCAAACCCAAAAAAAUUCUGCAGCGCCUUUUGGAAAAACCCUAGCGCUCCGCUCAGCCAUGGCGAACAAGAUGAAGUUUUGGGGUGUUGAGGUAAAGAGUGGACAGUCUGUUGUUGUUGAACCUGGUAUUACCCUUGUCCAUCUUUCACAGGCCUGUCUGGAUGAGGUCAAGAAAGGAAAGGGAAGUGAUUCUAUUUCACUCUUUGUGAAAACCGGUGAUCAGAAGCUUGUUAUUGGACAUCUUUAUGCUGAUAAACUACCUCAGAUAUAUUUUGAUAUUGUGUUUAAUAAAAAAUUUGUGCUAUCUCAUAAUGGGAAAAGUGGGAGCGUCCACUUCCAUGGAUAUAUUGCUAAUACGGGGACUUUUGGUACUGCCGAACCAAAGGUGAGUCUUGAGGAAGCUAAGAAAGAAAUUAAAUCUGAUCAGAAGGAUUCUAGUAGUGACGACGAUGAUGAUGAUGAAUCUGAAGAUGAAGAAUUUGAUCAGGUCAAGAGUGUGGAAGAUGGCAGUGAAGAUGAUGAAGAAAGUAGUGAUGAUGAUGAUGAUGAUAGUGAAGAUGAAGAUGAUGACAGCGAGGAAGAGAAUGAAGAGACUCCAAAUAAGUCUGAUUCCUUGACAAUGAAAUUGUUCAAGGUUGAUGGGAGCAACAAACGUGCUGCUGAGAGUAGUAAAACACCUGUUCAAAAGAAGGCAAAGUUUGUUACUCCUGAAAAAACUAGUGGCAAGAAAGGAGCUGUCCACACAGCAACUCCUUACCCUUCAAAACAGGCUCUCAAAAGACCAGCUAAUACUGACCAGACAAAGCUGCAGAGCUCAAAAUCAAGUGGUGGUGGUACAUUCCGUUGUGAUCCCUGCAAUAGGUCGUUUAACUCAGAUGGUGCACUGCAGAGUCAUACAAAGGCAAAGCAUGGAGCUGCAAAGUGAAAUGCAUGGCAGCGUCUAUCAUGAUGGUGUUUUGGGAUUUAAUUGCGAAGGAACAAGUUCGAUCAAGUAAAUAUGAGUGAGGAGAGAUUAGCGUAUUAUGUUGUUAACUAACUCAUUUUGUUCCUAUCAACUUUGGAUUGCAAUCUAUUGAAGUAUCCGUUAUAGACAUUUUAUUGUUUCAUUGAUGCUAUGCUAUCGAUCUAUGAUAUGUUCUGAGUUCCCUGUGCA